AUGACGGAGAAGUCAGGGACUGGUGCCACAGGCGAUGAAACUGGCGGAACUGGCGCGACCGGCACAACUGGCAACCAGGAAGGAGCUGACGACAAGGACGAGAAGAAGGGAGCUCGAUGGGACCGGCAGUCAAAUGGGGGGCACUACUGGUGGCACUACUGGGGGAGAAGGCACUACUGGAGCUACAGGAAACGAGGACACCCGUGUUACAAAGUUCUCUGCAUCGUAUUCUCACUGUUGGCACUAGCAUCUCUUGCAACAGCAAUGACCAUGGGAGCGUUGAUUUUAAACGAAGCAGGACGUUGA